AUGCCGUCAGACGAUUCGUGUAGUGAAUCAGGAGUUUUUUUAUUGAAUCGCAUGUUCGAAUUGCGGGAGUGCGAUUCUCUGCUGAUGACGAAUAUGAGUGAUUCGAUUUCUGUACACGAUGGCUCGUUGGAUCGCAGUAAUACCUCCUCGGUGUCAGAAGACCAAGAACUGGAUACUCAUAUCACCCAUGGUGCCCGUUUUACUUUUCCACCGGGUUAUUUUGCUUGUCCACUACAGAAGAAGUUAUGGUUUGAAAUCCAUCCACGCCUGCGGCUUCCACGUGGUAGUGGACGCGACCCGUUAGCGAUUGGUUGCGAUGCGUUGCGGAUGUCACUCGAGAGGUUUUCUAUACGUAACAGGCCGAAUACGUAUGUUGUCAAGGGAGUCCGAUGGCAGUGUUUCGUAUAUGCAACUCCACACAUCGAUAGAGACUUUCAACGCAUCGCUGAAACGUCAUCGAAUAAACGUGAAAAAGAACAAAGAGCCAAAAGAGUGGAGGGCGUUUCAAGACACACGCUCUGGCUGGCUAGUAUAAUGGUGUGGAACAUCCAAGGGCACAGAAUUUGUGAGGUGUUGGCUGAUGUUCUUCAGAAGCGCCUCGAUCAUGUCACACUCAGUCACCUCAUCGAUACAUUGGCUAAAAAUACACAGACGAGGCUGGACAGCGCCGAUGUGCAAUUUCUUACAACGCGAUCCAGUGUCACCAGCAGGAGGAUUACGGCUCGGGAGGAACGUGCACAGGCGAAGCGUUCUGUUUUCCAGCCAUUGCCUUUUACUGGAAAACAACCAGACUCAUAUGUCCCGAUUUUCUAUCUACUUGUUAAGUCACCACACAAGAAGGGAACUCGAUCUACUGGUGAGAAACUGCUAUGUUUCGCAACUGCAACUGAAACCCUUCCCAGCGAUCCACUUUAUGCGAUAAUCGUUGCAGGUAUUGCUGCGAUCGAGUUACGUUUUGUGACCGCUACCGGUGAAAUGGCGUCGUUAACAACGGGUCGCCUAAACAUCUCAACACAUCAGAGUUUGGCACCAACAUUCUGUACUGAUGAGGAGCGAGAGGUGGCAUAUAGAGAAGAUGACGCAUACAACUAG